CCUGGUUCUCAUUUUGCUCUGGCCCUUGUUGCGUAAUUAUAUUCUUCUCCUUCCUCCUUCUCCUCCCAUCUCUCGUUGCUGCUAGAUCCGUUUUUAAUCUGUGGGACGGAUAAUUUAUGUGUGGGAGGUAUUGACAUUCUUCGGUAUACUUGCAAAAUUGGUUUCAGUAGGAAAAUUCCCAUUUAAUUCGUACACUGAAGGGACUUCAUGACUUUGGAGUUCCAUAUAAAUUCAGUGGCCAUGGAUCCUACUGUUAAAUUAAGGCAGGGUUGAUGAAGCUCAAUGAUUUGUCCAAAAGGAGCAUUGGAAGCUCCAGCGAACUCUUUACAUCACUGUUGAGCACUCUUGCUAAAGGUUUCUUUCCAGGAGACGUUAUAAGAUACUUUUGUUGGUAUUGGCUUCGGUGAAAAAUUUGUGCAACCUUCUCCUAGAGUACAGUGAAAAUGGACAGAUCAGAUACGUCAGGUUUUGUAAGUGGGGGAGCUUCUAGAUUGGAAUUUCUUCCUAGUCAUGCAUUUCUGAUGUGUAUGUAGACCUUGGUAUCGAAGUAGUAUGUGGUGAAGUGUUCUGCUUAGUUCAACCUUUUGUAGUUAUAGUGCACAACAUCUGGAUAAUGGAUCUUAACAAGACAGCUUUAUUGUGUCCUUUUGAUGCUGAACUUGGGAAAAAUGAUAACUUUGGUGAUACUGCAUUAUGUUUGAAUGGCCUUACGUUGGGAAAAAACAAUACAACCAAUUACAGGCACACUGAGAGCAAUCUUGGGACGAAGCUUUCCAAUGCUUCUGACGAUGGUUGCAGAUUGGUUCUGGGAUUGGGCCCACCACCGAGGGCAUAUCAUGAUGACAUCUACAAUGCGGGGCUUAAUAAGAAGAAAGAAUUGACCACCCAUUUUCCGCAGCAUAUGCCAUCGGAGUGUGAUUCAAUCUUGCAACUUGGUCUUUCCGGAGGAACUAAUGAUGCAUCUAGUGUGAUGGACUACUCAUGCUCAACUGAGACUGAUGUAAAUGUGCCAUGUCUUUCGAGCCAGGCAUCUGCUGAAAAUAAUUAUUCUAUGAUACCUGUUGUUGACGAGGGUUCUACCUCAGCAAAGAAAUCAGGUGGCUACAUGCCAUCACUUCUUUUGGCUCCAAGCAUGGACAAUGCCAAAACUUCAGUGCAGACACAGGAACUGCAAAUUCUAGGAACACAAACUCAGUUUUGCCAGGAACCUUCCAAUGGCACAGGAUACUCCAUUGGCACCAUAUGCAAACCCCAGGCCACAAUGAUGGCUUCAGACAACCGAAUGAGCAAUCCGAAAAGAUGCAAAUUUUUUGGCUGUGCAAAGGGCGCACGAGGUGCUUCAGGCCUUUGUAUUGGACAUGGGGGUGGUCAGAGAUGUCAGAAACCAGGGUGCAACAAGGGUGCUGAGAGCCGCACUGCUUACUGUAAGGCCCACGGUGGAGGGAGGAGAUGCCAACAUCUUGGGUGCACUAAAAGCGCUGAAGGAAAGACGGAUUUUUGCAUUGCACAUGGUGGUGGCAGACGUUGUGGGUAUCCAGGUGGGUGCACUAAGGCUGCAAGAGGUAAAUCAGGACUUUGCAUCAGGCAUGGAGGAGGUAAGAGAUGUAAGGUCGAAGGCUGCACCAGGAGUGCUGAAGGGCAGGCUGGCCUGUGCAUCUCUCAUGGGGGUGGACGCCGUUGCCAGUACCAAGGAUGCGCUAAGGGUGCACAAGGGAGCACUAUGUUUUGCAAGGCACAUGGUGGUGGAAAGCGUUGCACUUUUCAAGGUUGUACCAAAGGUGCUGAAGGGAGCACCCCAUUGUGCAAGGCACAUGGUGGAGGCAAACGCUGCCUCUUCAAUGGUGGCGGUAUAUGUCCUAAGAGUGUACAUGGAGGCACGAACUUUUGUGUCGCUCAUGGUGGUGGAAAGAGGUGUGCUGUGCCAGGCUGCACCAAGAGUGCACGAGGCCGUACUGAUUGUUGUGUCAGGCAUGGCGGUGGGAAACGGUGCAAGUUUGGUGGGUGUGGAAAGAGUGCACAAGGUAGCACAGAUUUCUGCAAGGCUCAUGGUGGAGGAAAGCGAUGCAACUGGGGAGAAGGAAAAUGUGAGAAAUUUGCAAGGGGUAAGAGUGGUCUCUGUGCAGCUCACAGCAGCAUGAUGCAAGAGCGUGAAACUGGCAAGGGAAGUCUUAUUGCACCGGGACUCUUCCAUGGUCUUGUACCUUCUGCUGCCUGCAGCAGUAUUGACAACAACAAUUCAUCUUCAGGGGUGAGUGUUGUGUCUGAUUGCUAUGAUUCCAUGGAAAAACCUGCUAAAAGGCAGCAUCUUAUACCAGAAGAGGUCUUGGUUCCACUCUCAAUGAAAACACCAUCUUAUUUAAGCUUCUUGACUGCCAAGAAGCCAGAGGAAAGUAGAAAUGGGCAUGUUGCUGCUGUUGGUUGUAGUGGUGUGAAGAAAGGUCUUGAUUUUAACGUGCCAGAGGGCAGGGUCCAUGGUGGCGACCUCAUGUUAUACUUUGGAGGGAAUCUCAAGAACGCACUUGAUGGUGUUUGAAGGGAGUCUAGUGACUCGAAAGAUUGUAGGUUCAUUAUGGGAACCAGGGACAUUUCGUGUUUGGAUUUGUGUAUAGAUGUUUGUGUUUGUUCAAUAAAACCUCAUGUAUAGACUUCAGUUUGUUGUCAAUGGUUAGGCUUUUAUUGUUUGUGGGUUUUCAUCGUUGUCAUGGAUUUCAUUCUUCAUGGUAUGGUGGCAAAGUGGCAAUGUUAAAAGGUUCCUAAAUCCAUUUCGCUGCCUUGAACAGCAUAAUGUUGUAAAUGCCUCAAUUUCUGGACUUGCCCCAAUUCAA